AUGCUUUUGUACCGCAUUUCUUCGAGAUUUUUUUCCAAAAACAUAAAUGAGUCUGAAAAGUUGUUUCUUAAAAUAGGCGAUGUACGGGUACCCAUUCGUCAUGCUAAUCGUCCAGAGUUAGUUCCUGUAUAUAAAAAAAAAGAUCUUAUAUCUAGUCAGUCUUCUCUUAGUCAUUUGAAAUGGUUGUUGCAAAAAGAUCAUCUUAAACAGGAUGUGUUUUUGUUGGGAGUUCCGGGAUCUAUUAGGUCAUCAAUCGUCCUCCAAUAUUUAGCAGCGAGUAAUCGAGAGUAUGAGUAUCUCACUAUUACGAGAGACACAACCGAAGCAGAUAUAAAGCAGAGACGAGAAAUCAGGAGUGGGCGAGCAUUCUACACCGAUCUAUGUGCAGUACGAGCUGCACUGAACGGUCGUGUUCUGGUUAUUGAUGGUGUUGAGAAAGCUGAGAGGAACGUUCUGCCUAUACUCAACAAUUUACUAGAAAAUAGGGAAAUGCAAUUGGAUGACGGUCGAUUCUUGAUGCAUCAUGAAAAGUAUGAUGAGCUCAGCCAGAAAUACUCUGCCGAAGAACUUGUCAAAAUGGGUUUAGAACGGGUUUCUCCUGACUUUCAUGUAAUAGCGUUAGGGUUGCCAGUUCCCAGGUUUGCCGGGCAUACUUUGGACCCUCCACUGCGUUCACGGUUUCAGUGCCGACAUGUUCUUCCCUUACCUUUUGAGGAUGUGCUCGAGCGGUGCAAAAAAAUCGCUCCAAACGUUGCUUCUUCAGCUGUUAAUGAUAUAGUGGCUGUUGCUUAUGCACUCAACUCUCAAGAAGAGCUCAAAUUGCCACUGAUAUCUGUAGAUAAUUUAGAACAAGCUAUUAGGACUUGGAAUCUUAAUCCUUUGUUGUCUUCUGAAGAAGUGAUCCGUAUGCUAUAUCCGUUUGAAAGCGUUUUAAGAGAUACUGACAUCAACCUAGCUAGAGAGUUUUUGAAAAAGUUCGAAAUAGACCAAGGUAAAAGCCUCAACUAUGAAAUCAAGAGCGUGAAAGCUGAUAAUAAUGUACGGGAUGUUACUUUGUCUGCUGACGACGUCUCUUUCAAGACAACUGGGACAGGUCUAAAACCAGCUGGUUGCUCUACAGAUUUUGUACCCACUAAAGGACAGGAAAAACUUCUGGCUGAUUUGGCAGCGGCUCACGCGGUUGGAGAUUUUGCGAUAAUCGGUCCAAAAGGCUCUGGAAAGACGAUGGUUCUCAAUGAACUCUCUAGACGCCUUGGGUUUCUAACCGAGUCCAUGGUUCUCUAUCAAGAUAUGAACAGUAGAGAGCUUAUUCAACGUAGAAGAAUGCUUCAAGAGGGCGACACUGUAUGGGAAGACAGUCAACUAGUGACUGCUGCUAAAAAUGGGCAUGUGUGCGUUUUGGAUGGAGCUGAACGUGUUCAUGGCAGUGCUUUGGACUCUCUUUCCUCUUUGAUUCAUCAUCGGUUGCUCGACCUGCCGAACGGUAAUCGUUUAAUCGGAGAAGAAGCAUAUGAGGAGUUGAUGGCGACUACUGGACAAUCGAAAGAUCAACUUGAAGAGAGAGGAGUUUAUCGUAUUCCAUCAUCGUUUCGGCUUGUUCUCAUAGGGGAUUCCGAAACAUCAGAGAAUCAUUGGAUUAACGAUGCAGUCCUCUCUCUCGUCCCAUUUUUCAAGCAUGAGCCACUUUCCGCUGAGGAUCAAGAGAGAGUAAUUAAUGAAUUAGUGAAGGAUGCCAAGAAAAAUACAACAUCCAAGUUGGUCAAGAUGGUAGAAGAUCUGAGACAGUCUCAUGACGCUGGGCUUCGAGGCGUUGCUACUUCGCUAUCCUUCCGUAAACUGAUUCAUAUUGCUCGUCGAGAUGCACUUCAUGAUGGUGAGCUCAAAUCUUUGGUAGAAAAAGGAGCACUGUCUAGAUUCCUACCUUCAAUUACCAAAACUGCUUUUAUAAACUCACUUGAAAAGUUGGACGUUUCAGAUUCAAGCCUUGAUACCAAACACGGAUCUCUGGAUCAAGACAUUCAAACUUUGAGAAGGGAUUCUCAUGUAAAACCAGAAGAUGAAGCUUUGGUACCAAAUGUCUUGUUUUAUGACAAUGAGCAGCACGUUAAUAUCAUGAGAGAUAUGGCUAGAGAUUUCCAACUGGGAUCUCAUCUUUUACUCAUUGGAAAUCAAGGUGUUGGGAAAAAUAAGGUGACAGAUCGGUUCCUGAAUCUUAUAAAUAGACCACGUCUCUACAUACAGCUGCAUCGCGACACGACUGUAGAAUCUCUUACUAUACAGUGCACUGUAGAACAAGGCGUUGUGAAGUAUGAAGACUCUGCUUUAGUAAAAGCAGCCCGAGCUGGUCAUGUACUAGUAGUCGAUGAAGCUGAUAAAGCUCCACUUCAUGUGAUUGCUGUACUGAAAAGUUUGUUGGACACAGGAACAUUAGUAUUAGGGGACGGAAGAAAACUCCAACCAUCUAGUCUUCCACAAAAUGAUAGAACUAUCCCACUAGAUCCCGAAUUCAGAAUGAUAAUGCUAGCGAAUCGUCCAGGGUUUCCAUUUUUGGGUAAUGAUUUGUUUGGCGUUCUUGGCGAUCUCUUCUCAGUUCAUACAGUCGAUAAUCCUAGCAGAUCGAGUGAAAUUGUCAUGCUCAGGAAGUACGGGCCAAAUGUUCCUGAGCCCACAUUGAACAAUUUAGUCUCGGCAUUCUCUGAAUUACGAGAUAUGGCAGAUGAUGGUUUACUACAGUAUCCUUAUUCAACUCGAGAGUUGACCAAUAUAGUAAAGCAUGUCAAUGCAUUCCCUAAUGAUCCGCUCACGUCAGUUGUGAAAAAUGUUUUGGACUUUGAUGAGUAUUCCUCAGAUGCCAUGAAGACUAUUGAAGAAGCUUUCCGAAAACAUGGGAUUCCUUUGGGAAUCGAACGUCCAUACGACCGUAUUUUCUUAUCCGAGCGUUUUGAAAUUCCUUCUUUCACUCCAAUUGGACAAUGGGGAGUUCGAAACAAUGUGAAGCCUAUCGAACUUAAUAUCAAGCGAUCGAAACUUACUUCAACUAAAGCCACUGCUCUCACCGGGAUAAUGGUUGAGCUGGAGAAAGAAAACAAACGAAUGGAUCAGUUCUCAGAGCAGAUAUGUUCUUGGCAAAUUCCGACAAUGAAUAUUAAUAUAUGUUCUGAUGGGAUCUUUAUCGACAAUAAGCUGGUUAUCAGUGCUGUGAAUCCUGGAAGAUUGUAUGUUAUUGAUGAUCUCGAAAACACAAGUCAAGUCGAAGAAUUUAAUAUUUCUACAUUCAUUCCGAAAGGUCCUCGAGCCAAAUAUCAACCAAGAAUUCGCUUGUCUUCUUUGGGUGAUAACAACCGUGUUGUUAUUCAUGAGGAGGUUGCGGAUAAAGUAAUGAUAUUUCACACGAAAUCCGGUCUAUUGGAAACUGUCGAUUUUUCCGAAAAAAUCAUGGACAAACUGGAGAACCUUCUAGCAGCAGAUGAGAAAUGGAGAAUGGUUUCCGGCGAGAAGCCAUUGUUUUUUGAACGAUCUGGUAAACAAAUACGAGUAAUAUCCGGGGAUGAAGUGCUGAAGUUCGAAGUUGAGAAGGAAUUGAAUUCAGUCUUGCCAGUUACUACAGAUAAAUGGCUUCUGAAGUAUAAGGAGAACACAAUUGAUCUUCUUUGUAUCGAAAACGGUAAAUGGAGAAUACGUGCGAUUGAGUCGGACCUAGACAUUUUCGAGAAGCUAAACACUAUCCGUGUUACGGAAACUGAAGCGUACUUACAAGCGGAUGGCUUUUAUUCCCUGAAAAGCCAAGGAUUUCCGUUGCUAUUGAGUUCAACUAGUGUGGAGGCAGCAUCUAGAAAAGAAUUAAAUGAAGUGAUUGACUCCAGGAGACCAUAUUAUUUGUCCGAUGCAGUUACGAAAACUCAUCUUGAUCCAAAUAGAAACAUGUUGCUCUUAGAUGGAGGGGUUGUUGUAUCAACACAACCAAAUUGGGAAGUCCCCAAAAAUGCCAUUCAGAAAGAUAUCUCAGUCAAUCGGUUAGGCGGAUUUCUCGAAGCAGUAGACACAAAAUCCGGUGUAGUUCAGUACGUACCUGUACCAGAACCGAAAUUCACCAAUUAUCACGGAUCCUGGCUAGCAUCUUUAUCGAAGACACCCUUUCAAAUUGUACCUUGGAAAGAAAACAAAUUUAUCACGUUGGAUAACAGUGGUGGCAUACGAUCAUAUGAACUCUCUCCUUCCUCGCUGGGAAAAUCUUUAAAUUCAUGGCGACAAAUGAUUGGAGAGAAAGAAGGUCCGUUGCGGAUGGAAAUUGAUAGAGGCAUGAGUGACUUCGACUUUUCUAAACUGGAUGAACCUAAGCUUGGCAAAUUCGAUCCUGAUAAUACACCCCAUGUUGGUGGAAAUCAAUGGAUGGGAGGAACUGGAGGAUAUAACACAGCUGGAUUGGGAGGAGUAGGAGGACCAUUCAGGUUGGAUUCGGGGCAUGAUGUACAUCAAAUGCCAGAGUUUGCCAAGCAGCAAGUACCAGAACAUCUGCUCCAAAAAGCUAGAGAAAUAGCUAAAGCGGAAUAUGCCAAAAAGCUCAAAGAGAUCAAAAUGUCUGAGUACGAUGCAGAAUCUUAUAACAAACUUUGGAAUCGCAUUGACAAACAAGCGAUUCGUUUAAAAGGCAUCAUAGACCAAUUAGAAGCUAAGAAGAAGGAAAGGCAGUGGGCUCGACACCAGACUAGUGGAGAUUUUGAUGAUUCCAAAAUUAUUGAAGGAAUAACGGGUGAAAAAAAUGUCUACAGGAGACGUAUUGAGAAAAUGCCUGAACCAGGCGCCCCUCAACAAAACCCAAAAUACAUGAAGAUAGUUUUCGAUGUAUCUGGAUCGAUGUACAGGUUCAACGGAUACGAUUCACGCUUACAACGUUCAUUGGAAGCAGCUCUCAUGGUGAUGACUUCAUUGGAAGGGAAAGAACAUAAAAUAAAGUAUGAUAUCACUGGACAUUCUGGAGACACUCCGUGCAUCAAUUUCGUUCUCAAUGGUAAUUAUCCUAAAAACAACAAGGAAAGACUGGAUAUUUUGAAACAAAUGCUUGCUCAUACUCAGUAUUGUUCAAGUGGUGAUUUCACAACAGAGGCUCUAGAUGUAGCCAUCAAAGAGCUUAGCAAAGAAAUGGACUGCGAUGAAAAGAUUGUCGUUUUAGUAUCUGAUGCCAACUUGGAAAGAUAUGGUAUUCGGCCUAAGCAUAUCUCGGACAUUAUGAAUAAAACUGACGAAGUCAAUAGCUUUGUUAUUUUCAUUGGUUCAUUGGGAGAGCAAGCGGAGAUACUUCAGAAAGCCCUUCCUCCUGGAAAAGCUUUUGUGUGCAAGAAUACAUCAGAACUCCCUCAAAUAAUGCAGAAUAUUUUCGCAUCCACCCUGAUAUAG